GCGCCGCCGCCGCGUCCGCCGCCUCGCGCAGCGCGCCCCGCCGCGGACAUGGGGCCGUCCGAGGAAGGGGGACACCGCCGGGGCAUGGCCAUGGCGGCGGCGGGCGACGAGGAGGAGGAGGCGGCGGCCAACCCGGGCGCCAUGCACCACCAGCGGCUGCUGAUCAACAUCUCGGGGCUGCGCUUCGAGACGCAGCUGGGCACCCUCAACCAGUUCCCCGACACGCUGCUGGGAGACCCCGACAAGCGCAUUCGCUACUUCGACCCGCUCCGCAACGAGUACUUCUUCGACCGCAACCGGCCCAGCUUCGACGGCAUCCUCUACUUCUACCAGUCCGGGGGCAAGCUCCGCCGGCCCGUCAAUGUCUCCAUCGACGUCUUCGCCGACGAAAUCCGCUUCUACCAGCUGGGUGAGGAGGCCAUGGAGCGCUUCCGGGAGGACGAGGGCUUCAUCAAAGAGGAGGAGAAGCCCCUGCCCCGCAAUGAGUUCCAGCGCCAGGUCUGGCUCAUCUUUGAGUACCCCGAGAGCUCCAGCUCAGCCCGGGCCAUCGCCAUCGUCUCCGUGCUGGUUAUCCUCAUCUCCAUCAUCACCUUCUGCCUGGAGACCCUGCCCGAGUUCAGGGACGAGAGGGAGAUGCCCGUACCCUUGCCCCCACAAGGUGGAGGUUUGAAUGGCACGCCUGGGGACUCCCCACCCAUGCAGCCACCCAGUAGCCUGGCUGACCCCUUCUUCAUCAUCGAGACCACCUGUGUGAUUUGGUUCACUUUCGAGCUCCUCGUGCGCUUCUUCGCCUGCCCCAGCAAGCCUGAGUUCUCCCGCAACAUCAUGAACAUCAUCGACAUCGUGGCCAUCAUCCCCUACUUCAUCACCCUGGGCACCGAGCUGGCCCAUGAGCAGCAGCAGCCCGGGGCUGGCAGUAGCAAUGGGGGUGGGGGCCAGCAGCAAGCCAUGUCCCUGGCCAUCCUCAGAGUCAUCCGCCUGGUCAGAGUCUUCAGGAUCUUCAAGCUCUCCAGGCACUCCAAGGGGUUGCAGAUCUUGGGGCAGACUUUGAAAGCCAGCAUGAGGGAGCUGGGCCUCCUCAUCUUCUUCCUCUUCAUUGGGGUGAUCCUCUUCUCCAGUGCCGUCUACUUUGCUGAGGCUGAUGACCCCGAGUCUCAUUUCUCCAGCAUCCCUGAUGCUUUCUGGUGGGCAGUGGUAACCAUGACUACUGUGGGCUAUGGGGACAUGAGACCUGUCACUGUGGGGGGCAAGAUUGUGGGCUCCUUGUGUGCCAUCGCGGGUGUGCUCACCAUUGCCCUCCCUGUCCCUGUCAUCGUGUCCAACUUCAACUACUUCUACCACCGAGAGACUGACCAUGAAGAGCAGGCUAUCCUCAAAGAUGAACACAGUAGUGCUCAGGGCAGCACUGCGGGGGGAGAAGUGAAGAGAAGACCCAGCAAAAACUCUCUGAAUAAAUCUGUUGUGCACUUGGAAAACAGUGAGGAGUUCAACAAUGGCACCAGCUCCUUAGAGAAAGCCAAUAUCAAAGCAAAAAGUAAUGUAGAUCUCAGAAAAUCCCUCUAUGCUUUCUGUCUGGACACCAAUAGGGAAACAGACCUGUGAGGAGAGGAGAUGGUUAGAGUUCAGAGGGGCAAAAGGAUUUUCUGGUGUCAGAAACUUGCUACUAUAAUUAUUCUUUUAGUACCAAUUAGUUUUUUAAGUCAGGCUGUAUUUUAUAAAUUGAUCACUGUCCUGAGCAAUCCUCCAGGAAUACAUGUUUUUAUGUUCUUUUUCCAUGACACAAAGGGUCACUUAUUUUUAAAAUAGACUAAGAAUAAGCUACACUCCAUGAUGCAGGAGCUGGUAAAUUAUGACAGUGAAAAAUCUAAUUUGUAGAAACUUAUUUUAGCAAGUGGUCAUUGGUUUUGAAUGGGUAAUUUGUAACCAAUUCAGUUGCUCCGCGUUUAGUGUAAAGAACUGUGUGUGGAGGGGAUGUGUGUGUGGAGAAUGAAUGGAUUGGGGAUGGGAGGGGGGAGGUUGAGGGAUUUUGUACUGUAGUUUCAAAUUGAAAUUAUUCAAAUAUAUUUUGUAUCUGUAUGACUGUAUUUAUGGUUGAAAGGAGAUUUCUAAUUCCUGUGAAGUAUGAUAUCAUUAAAGCACUAGGAACAUUAGCAAAUCAGCACUUUCUGAGUUUUCCACUUGUAAUCAGUACAGAUCUGGUUAUCUUGUAUGUGAAGUGAAUUUGGUGCUUUGAACCCUAGAGCAGAAAACUUCUGUUGUCAUUGAUAUGUUAGUUUCUUGUGAGCCUUAAAUUAUUAAAUAUUGUAGAUAUACUUCUUUAUAAAUAAUUUUAUUAGUUACCUUCCUGUUUCAGAAUUUCCAAGUAAUUCAGUCAUGUGCUUACUGGCCUCACUCAAAAUCAAAAAAGUAUGUGCAGCUUUUGUUUUGUUGGUUUUUUUUGGUUUUUUUUGGUUUUUUUUUUUGUUUAUUUGGGUUUUUUUUUGUGGUUUUACAGUUUUAUAUCUUUGUUAUAUUUUGAGACCUAAAGGAAAAAAUACACUGUCUGCUGUUACUGGUUUCAAUCCAGUGCACAACAGAUCGAAGGUGAUCUGAACAGAUUUUCAAGUGCACAACAGAUCAAAACCAUGAGGGAGUGGAUAGGCACAAUGAGAAAGUAGAGUAUUGAGUGCAAUACCUGCAGAACUGCUUUCAUUGUACACUCCAGAUUCCUUGAGCGUGUGUAUCAGUCACCUUUAUGUAUGCACGCACCAUUUGUGUACACAGUUCUCUGGUUUUAGUUCUCUCAGACCAGGAGUGGAUGGCACUUCAGGAGUCGAACGUGGUGUGCUGUGCUGCUUCAACAACCAUCGCAUGGCUUUUCUCUUGGACACAGAUGGAAAGCACCAUCUUUUCAUCAAAACACACCCCUGGUUUCUUUUAUUUCCAAACAAAACCUUCUCAGCGCUGUGGAUUUUGCAGUUGAAGUGUUGUUGAAAGACGAGUGACACACUGCCUUCAUCAGGAUCACAGCUAACUCUGAAGACUGACACAAAGUUGCUCCUUUAGCUCAAAGAGCUUUCUUACAAUUUCUCUUGCAAAGGACAUCUCUGUUUCCCCCUCCAACUUCUGUUGUAUUGCUGAAAGAUGUUCCAUUCCUUUCCCACAUCCUGUGGCACAGCAAGAGUAGCAGAGAAGGCUUGAUUGUCAACAUCGCUCAAGAGUGACCUGGAGCUCAAGCAGGAGCGGUGUUCUCCAGACAGCUCUCCACGGCUUCCCUAACACACUAGUGAGCCACGAGACCGAGGCAGAAAUUCCAGUGUGGGGAGGGUGUGAGUCAUGAGAUGCUUUUUGCAUGACACUGUCCUGAUUGCCUUCCUCCUGCAGACACUGACCAUUAGGAAGACACUGCUGCAGAGUCUGAAACCAAACCAGCCUAUUCCUUGUUCUCAAGUCAUCUUGGGUUAGAAGCUGCUGAAAAACUUCCUUCUGGAUAAAUAACUGUGAGGUCCCCAUCAUCCCCAGAAUUGGAUUCCUUCACUGGGAUUGCUGAAACAGUGGUCUCCUCCGAGGUUUCUCUCAUAGAAGAAUUGUUCAGCUUCACAACAGGAGUGAGAAAAGUUUAAAUGCUUUGGGGCUUACUCCCAGGCACAAGACUUCAUUACUUGAGCUUUUGCUUGGAAAUAAGUUGAGUUCUUGUCAUCGAUUGGGCAUCUUAUCCCGUGCUUCUUACAUAUCAAACUUUCUCAUAAUUCUGGAAGAAGAUUCAAGUGUUUGUUCUUUUUCUUUUAUUGGCACUUGUCUUUGUUUAUUUAUUUUGUAUUCUUGAGAUGUGCUGCAUCUCUGGAGUUUGUAUUUCUACUUUUACCAUAAAAAUGUUGCACAUACAGGUCUAGAAUGCAUCUGAAGAUUAGUAUAAUUUUUCAUGUGACUUUGACUUGAACAUUGUUUAUGUUUAUAUUGCUAUUUCAAAUAUGUGCAUUAUCUGUAUUCUUUAUGCCUGUUCCCCAUCCGUAACUUAAUAAAAU